AUGUCUGACGCUUCUAUGCCUAAUGCUUCUCAGCGAGUUCCGCAUGAUGCAGAUGUGGAUGAUCAGAUUCAGCGCAUUAUAGCGGAUUUGCCCAAAAUCAAUGCCAAACUGGAAAACGCACCGCCGGCGGACAUUAUUCGUUGGUCUAUCGACAACCUGCCUCACCUCUACCAGACCACGGCGUUUGGAGUGACGGGUUGUGUAACGCUGGAUAUCAUUUCGCGCAUAAGCGCGGAACGCAGCGAAAAGAACCACACUGAGCUGCGCCACCUCGUUCCACUGAUUUUUGUCGACACCCUAUACCACUUUCCACAGACUCUGGACCUCGCGGAACGGGCAUCAAAGCAUUACCAUGCGCCCAUGUACGUGUACAAGCCUAAGGGCAGCGAUACGGUAGCCGAUUUUGAAAGGACUUGGGGUUCUCAGCUUUGGCAGCGCGAUGAGGACACAUACGACUAUCUCGUCAAGGUGGAGCCUGCGCGCCGCGCUUACGAAGAGCUGGAUGUGCGCGCCGUUUUUACGGGGCGCCGCCGCUCGCAAGGUGCUGAUCGCGCAUCGCUCCAGGCUGUCGAGGUUGAUGAGACCGGUCUGAUCAAGGUCAAUGCCCUGCUCAACUGGGAAUUCGCUGACGUGGACAAGUACGUCAAGGAGAAUGCUGUACCAUACAAUGUUUUGCUUGAUUUAGGAUACAAGUCGAUCGGUGACUGGCACUCGACGUCUCUUCCGUUUGGAAAGGACGGUGCCGAUGAGCGGUCCGGUCGCUGGAGCGAUAAGGCCGGCAAGACAGAAUGCGGUCUCCACAAGGAUUACUUCAAGUUUAAGGUGCUAGCCGAGAAGAAGAUUCGUGAGGCUGAACUGAAUCGUAUUGACGCAUCGAAUCCGUAA